AUGUUUAGUACUGGAAAUCAUGAUGCCCUGUGUAAAGAUGAAGAAGGAUACGUUUUUAUUGACAGAGAUGGUGAAUAUUUUACUUACAUUCUCAAUUACAUGAGAGAUGGCGAUGUUCCUACAUUACAAGAUUCUUCUGAGUAUUCCCAACUUCUAAAGGAGGCACAUUACUUUGAGCUUGAAGGACUUGCAGGUGGAAUUGAUCUCUUGUUGAACAAUAAGAAGAAAGAGUUGGGCGCAAAUCUUUCAGCCUCAUUCUUUUACCAUGUCGAUGCUGUAAGUACUAAUGCCACGUUGAAAACACCUAAGUUUGAUAAGGCAAAUCUUCAAGGCGCUAACUUCAACAAUGCUAAUAUGGUGAAAUCCUGUUCGUUUGAUGGGGCAAAUCUUCAAGGGGCUAACUUUAACUAUGUGAAGUUGGGAAGUUGUUCGUUUGUUGAUGCAAAUCUCGAAGGAGCUUCUGCAGUGGGUGUUGAGUGUGACGAGGGCAUACCCUUUUCAGGCUGUAGAUCUCCACCUCUUCACUGA